AUGCUUAGUCGAUUGAUUCAGCAGAUUGGGUAUGAGUGGGCUAUGCGCAUCGCGGCUUUCAUGAUCAUGGGCCUUCUGAUCAUUUCUACCCUCACAUUUCGUCCGCCGGUGCCGCCGAAACCGCAGAAGAUGGACAAGGAAAGUCUCAUAAGGCCCUUCCGGGACACCAAGAUGAUACUCAUCAUCGUGGGCUAUUUGUUCUUGACCUUUGGGGUCUUUAUACCGAUCAUUUAUCUGCAAAUUCAGGCGAUCGACAGUGGCAUGCAGUAUGACCUGGCGCAAUAUCUUGUCGCAUUUUUCAAUGCUGCAAGCAUCUUUGUCACUGUCUGCUACCUAGCUGGAAUCCUGGUUCUUGCCCUUUGGGUCCCGGCCAAAUGCGAUACAGCCUCCAUACUAUUUGCCAUUCUUUUUGGCUUUGCCUCUGGCGCCCACGUAUCGCUUUCACCUGCAAUAGUAGUCCACAUCUCGCCCUUUGCAGAGAUUGGCUACAGAACAGGCCUUCUGUUUUUGUUUGCCUCCAUUGGCGGACUAAUGAAAAACCCUAUUGCUGGUACGAUCUUGCAAAACGCUGGAGGAUCAUACACUAGGACGAAGAUAUUUGCUGGCAUUCUCCUUCUUGUUGGUAGUACCAUGGUACUAGCAGCACGAAUCCAUCAGACUGGAUUUGUGCUAAAGGCAAAGUUCUAA